AUGGCUCCCUUCAACACCAUGCUCGCAUAUCUCCUCCUGGUCGUGGCCCCUCUGGCGGCUGCUGUGCCUUUCCAUAACCGCCACUCACUGGGCGGCCCUCAAACACACGCCCAUAACACUGUCAACAAUAUCAACCUCGCGCAUCUCAUGAACAUCGUCGUCAACCCCACCGCCAAGAACAUCAUCCCCGGCCGCUACAUUGUCGUCUACAACAACACCUUCGGCGAUGAAGCCAUCUCUGCCAAGCAGGCCCAGUUUGCUUCCACCAUCGCCAAGCGCAACCUCGGAAAGCGCAACCUCGUCGGUAACCUGCUGUCCACCGAGAUCCACUCCUUCAAGAUGCACACCUGGCGCGCCAUGGCUCUCGACGCCGACGACGACAUGAUCAAGAACAUCUUUGAUGCUGAGGAGGUUGCUUACAUCGAGGCCGACACCAAGGUCCAGAACACUGCCCUCGUUGCCCAGACCAACGCCACCCCUGGUCUGAUCCGCAUCUCCAACAGGAACGUCGGUGCUGCCAACUACAUCUUCGACACCUCUGCUGGUACCGGCAUCACUGCCUACGUUGUCGACACUGGCAUCCGCGUUACCCACACCGAGUUCGAGGGCCGAGCCACUUUUGGAGCCAACUUUGUCAACACAAACAACACCGAUGAGAACGGUCACGGCAGCCACGUCGCCGGUACCAUUGGUGGUGCUACCUUUGGCGUUGCCAAGAACGUCAAGCUCGUUGCCGUCAAGGUCCUCGAUGCCAGCGGCUCUGGUAGCAACUCUGGCGUUUUGAACGGCAUGCAGUUCGUCGUCAACGACGUCCAGGCCAAGAAGCUCGGCGGCAAGGCUGUUAUGAACAUGUCUCUCGGUGGCUCCUUCUCCACUGCUGUCAACAACGCCAUCACUGCUCUGGCCAACGCCGGCAUUGUCCCCGUUGUUGCUGCCGGUAACGAGAACCAAGAUACUGCCAACACUUCUCCUGGCUCUGCCCCCCAGGCCAUUACCGUCGGUGCCAUUGACGCCACGAACGAUGUCCGUGCCAGCUUCUCCAACUUCGGUGCUGGUGUUGACAUCUACGCCCCUGGUGUUGACGUUCUCAGCGUUGGCAUCAAGUCUGAUAUCGACACUGCAAUUCUUAGCGGUACCUCCAUGGCCACUCCUCACGUUGCCGGUCUUGCCGCCUACCUGAUGGCUCUCCAGGGUGUCAGCAACGUCAACGAUGUCACCAACCUCAUCAAGAACCUCGCUGCUAAGACUGGUGCCGACGUCCAGCAGAACGUUGCUGGAACCACCAACCUCAUCGCCAACAACGGCAACCUCUAA